UAACUGGAGGGGGUUCGUUUAGCGUCUCGGGGAGCGUUUGAAUUUGGCGAGUUGCGGGCGCUGUCUCAGCGGUAGCGGGGCCCCAAGGCCUCAGAAAGAGGCUUCUCUCUGUCUGGGACCCCCUCCUCAUUCAGCGUCUCCCCCGUAACCGGAUACGGAUUAUUUGGACUCUCCCUCAGACCCAGGAGUCAGAGAUUUCAGCAAGUAUGGCCCCCCUCAAGAAGCGUCCAAACACCCCAAAGUUGCCCCUGGCCUUAAACCCCCGGAAGAGCAAGGACGUGCUGGCGGUGCUGGCGGAGAGGAACCAGCCUGUCGUGCCCGUGGGGGCGUGGGUGGAACCUGCCUCGCCGCACAGUUCGGGAAGCACAGCGUAUACUGCAGCAUAUGUAAUUGAGAAAGAAAUAAAGGAACAGUUAAGAAAAAAACAAGAAGCUUUGAAGCGUUUUCAGAGACAAGCCAAACACCGAGUAAAUCAACGAGUUAGGCUAAGAAAAAAGCAACAGCUUCAGAAGUUCUAUGAAGAAGCAGAAAAAGAAGACACUGUAGGUAUGCUGCCUUCAGAUCUAGAACACUUAACUUCUAAAAGAACAAGAGUUUUUCCGAAGACUUUGAAUGCUGCUAUUGGAAGUGCUUGGUCACCUUCUUCCCAGAAGCUUGAUGAUGGAAUACAAGAUAGAGAGAAUGAGAAUCAAUUAAUACAACAAGCCCUGGCUCUUAGGAAAACCAUGAAACAGGCACGUCACCAGCUGGCAUCCUUUAAAACUAUGAGUCAAAAAUAUGCAGCAGUGUUUCCAGAAGAUACAAGGAAAAGCUGUCCCACCCAACAGGAACCUGACUCUGAGGAAUCUUCAUCGAUUACGAUAGACAAGAAAGGGAAAGAAAAAUUGUUUUGGAAGAACCAACAGGGUUUCUUUUCUGAAGAGAAGAACAAAACUUUCAGCAGAGUUCAGAAAGUCCGCUUCAAGGAGCCAUAUUCUGUUAUAAAUGAGAAAGGGAGAGAUGGCUUUUCUCUGGCAGGUUAUCAGUCUCCUACUCCUAAAGUCCAGGACCAGGUGUGCAUCAGAGAUCAGAAAGUCCACUUCAAGGAGCCAUGUUCUGUUAUAAAUGAGAAAGGGAGAGAUGGCUUUUCUCUGGCAGGUUAUCAGUCUCCUACUCCUAAAGUCCAGGACCAGGUGUGCAUCAGAGAUCAGAACAUGUUUUUCGAGCAGCCGUCAUCUUUUCUGAGAGAAGUGAGAGUGAGAGAUGAAUCUCCGGAGUAUCAUCAUUAUGUUAACCCUCAAGUCCAGGACCAAGCCUCCCCUGGAGAUCAGAGUUUAUACUCCAGGCAGCAGCCAUCUGUCGGGACAGCUGAAAGGUGGCGAGAUUUGCUUCUGGAUGGCCAUCAGUGUCUUCCAGCCAAGCACUGGAGAGAGGCUUCCAGCAGAAGGCAGGUUUAUGAUAAAUAUCAAUCAGGAUGGAACACUGAAUUCCAAACUCCACUAGGACUUCAGUUUGGAGUAAGUCAAGAAGAAGACAAAAAAGAGCGUCAAAAGCGGUACCUGAGAUAUAGGCGACUUUUCAUGGAUAUUGAAAGAGAAAAAGUAAAAGAACAACAAAGGCAAAAAGAAUGCAGGAAGAGAAUUGAAAAAAUUAAGAGAAAGAGCGAGCAGCAACGUUAUGCUGAAGAACAGAGGAUAUUAAGAAUGAACUUUCAUGAAGAGCCAUAUUCAGGGGAGAAGAUGAGUGAGAUGUUAGCGCAGCUACAGCUCGAGGAAAUGAAAGAAGCCAGAGAAAAACACCAGCAACGAAGAGAAAGGGAAUGCCAAAGGUAUCUAGAAGCUUUAAGGGUCCAGAUCCAAGAGAAAAUGCGGCUGUAUAAUAUUACUUUACCUCCACUAUGCGGCUGUGGUCCUGACUUUUGGGAUGCUCAUCCUAAUACCUGUGCCAACAAUUGUAUUUUCUAUAAAAACCACAGAGCAUAUACCCGGGCACUAUAUUCAGUCAUCAAUUCCUGUGAUAGAGGGACCUUGAUUCUUCGAGCUGCCAUUCAUAAUUUUGCUUCUGCCUACAGACGGACUUUGAAAAAUGUAUAUUCAGAAUCUGAAAUCAACUGUUAGUAUUUCAGCCUUCACUUAAAAUCAAUUCUCUGAGAGAUUGUUUAGGAAAAACUGUUAAAGUGUAUAAUCUGGAAAGGAAGACUGUCCCACGUAACAACAGUCUCUGCAAUUACAUUGGAACCAUUGUUUCAGUCUCCAUCUUGGAACCACGAUGGAAAGUUGACUUCCACACUUGCCUCUUUGCUGUGAACCAUGUGGAGUUUAUUGUUUUAAAAAUGAUCAGUCAGACCAGUAAGGUUUAUCUUACUUUGCUCUGUUCUGAUCUGAAGAGAUCAUGAGAAAUCUUUGAGAUUACCGUGUUUGUUGUCUUUCUAAAACUGUAUCUUUGAGUCUUAACAAAAUUGGAAAUGUCUGGAAGAAGCAGAAAAGAAAGAUGAUGAAAUGAGUUUCUUCGCAUCAGUGGUCAUCUAGAUUCCUGAUAGCUUUUCUAGUUGUAUAUAACAAUUAGAGAUGAGAAGGAUUUGAAUUUGAUGCACUUUUUUUCUAAAAAUUUCUUUGGGGGUUUUUUUGGUGUGUGUGUGUGUGUGUGUGUGUGUGUGUGUGUGUGUGUGUGUGUGUUUUAUUACCUCUUUCCCCGUUCAGUGAAUUGGGCAUAAACCUUUUUAAUUUUAUAAUUUUCAUUGCCAAAAAAGGGAAAAUAAACCCUCUGUCUUU